CCGGAAGUGAACUUAUCCUCCAGGGCGGGAAAUUAUCCCAUCCUGCUGUUACAUCUGACAUGUCAAAAUAGUUUGUACUCACCGCUGGAAACAGUUUUCAGGAGAGAUAUUAUUGCCUUUUCGCACUCAAUACGCAGAUUUACUGGAUAUUUGCGCUGCCGUUUGUCUUAACGUUGGUUAAAUAAGCAGCAGGAGGAGCCAUGCAGGCCUUUUUGAAAGGAGCGUCUGUCCAAGCCACCAAACCUCAGAAAGACAAGGCAGCAGCAGGACCGAGCACAGAGAAGAAAGCCAAGCCCCUCCCCUGGGUGGAAAAAUACAGGCCAAAGUGUGUGGAUGAAGUAGCGUUUCAGGAGGAGGUGGUAGCAGUACUGAAGAAGUCUCUACAAGGAGCAGAUCUUCCCAACUUGCUCUUCUACGGCCCUCCUGGUACUGGAAAGACUUCGACCAUCUUAGCUGCUGCCAGAGAACUUUUCGGCCCGGAGCUGUACAGGCAGCGGGUGCUGGAGCUCAACGCCUCCGACGAACGAGGCAUCCAGGUGGUCAGGGAGAAGGUGAAGAACUUCGCCCAGCUCACAGUGGCUGGGACUCGCACAGAUGGGAAGCCGUGCCCUCCCUUCAAGAUCAUCAUCCUGGACGAGGCCGACUCCAUGACGUCUGCGGCCCAGGCGGCUCUCAGGCGCACCAUGGAGAAGGAGUCCCGCACCACCCGCUUCUGCCUCAUCUGCAACUACGUCAGCAGGAUCAUCGAGCCGCUGACCUCCAGGUGCUCCAAGUUUCGCUUCAAGCCUCUGGCCAAUCAGGUGCAGGAGGAGCGUCUGCUGGAGAUCUGCGAGAAGGAGAACCUGAAAUACUCCAAAGAGGGUAUCGCGGCGCUGGUGCAGGUGUCAGAGGGCGACCUGCGGAAAGCCAUCACCUUCCUGCAGAGCGCCGCCCGCCUCAACGUCGACAAGGAGGUCACAGAGAGCGCCGUCGUCGAGAUUGCCGGGGUCGUCCCUGACAAAAUGAUCGACAACCUGCUUCAGAUCUGCCUCAAGGGAACGUUUGAGAAGCUGGAGGUGGCUGUCAGGAACAUGGUGGACGAAGGUUACGCCGCCACGCAGAUCCUCUGCCAGCUGCACGAGAGCAUCAUCGCACACGAUCUGAGCGACAAGCAGAAGUCAGCCAUCACAGAGAAGAUGGCGGUGGUUGACAAGUGCCUGGCAGACGGUGCAGACGAGUACCUGCAGAUGCUGAGUCUGUGUUCGCUCAUCAUGCAGCAGGCCGCCCUCAACAAUUGAGACACAGCAGCAGCACGUUGCACGGCGCCCCCUAAUGAACUGAGAUCCUUCCACGCUGCGUCUCCCCGCCGCCGGUGACUCCAGCACCGGCAUGGGACGCCAGCGGUUUCACACUUUUCUGUUCAGAGGCUGAACCAGAAGCAGAAGUGGCCUCGUCACACCCGCUGACGACGAGCGCUUCAGGUCAAAAUAACGCCAAGCGAUUAAUUUCAGUAAAUCAGCUUCGGCUUCUGUCGGGUGGCUCUUUGUUGUUUUUUAUGUAUCUUUCAUGUAACUUUGUACAUUUUGUAGUUUUGGGCUGUAAUAAAAAAAAAAAAAAAGUCA